AUGGAGCAGUCCGAGGCCGUUAUGGCGGCGCGCGCCAAGUUGGCACAGCGCUUCGACGCUGUGCGCACGGGCGGCAAGGGCACUGCGCGGCGUCGAAAGCUGGCCAAACAUCAGACGAACACCGCAGAUGAGAAGCAGCUUCAGGCGCACCUCAAGCGACUGGGACUGAACAGCAUCCCAGGAAUCGAGGAGGUGAACAUGUUUACGGAAGACGGCAGCGUUCUCCACUUCAACGCCCCCAAGGUGCAAGCUGCGGUCGGCGCCAACACCUAUGUCAUCACCGGCCAGCCGGAGAGCAAGCGCCUCGAGGAGCUCCUGCCGGGCAUCAUCCACCAGCUCGGCGCAGACAACUUGACCAACCUGCGGCGAAUUGCCGAAGGUUUCCGAUCGGCUCCUGCUGCGGAGACAGGAGGUGACGACAUCCCUGACAUCGGAGAGAAUUUUGAAGAGGUCAGCAAGCAGUGA